AAAGAAGGACACUGGAAAAUUCCACAUCAGCGAUCGAAGACUGUCUGUCUGCUGACUCUCCUCCAAUCGACUCAGCGAAAUUCGUCAAUUAUAUUCGGUAAAAUAUUUUAUCGUAAUAACAUUUUGAAGACGAUUCGCCAGUCUUAUGAUAUAUUGGAUCGAACUGAAUAAGGAUUCGGCACUUUUUUAAUCAGGGUUAACCACAAUGAGCAAGGGUGAGAAGUUGCAUGCUGAAAUGGUACAAGCACGUCAGAACGAUGGCAUCAAUGUGAUCUUUGAAGACUCCCUGUCCAAUUCUGGUUUGCGUCUUUCACGAUCCAGAAGUGGUUCCAGUAGUAGUCGAUCCUCUGGAUCUGGCAGAAGAGGUCGUGGCAGCUACAGAGGGCGUUACAGGUCUCCAUCGACUUCGUCAUCUUUGUCCAGUAGUAGGUCACCCUCUUGUCCCAGGUCCCGCUCUCACCCUCGUUGCCACAGACGUUCUUCCCGCUGCCACAGUCACAACAGAUAUGGACGUGGACGAUACCGCCGUUCGCCACCACGUCGCUACAGGGCCUAUUCUCGCUCCUACAGCCGCUCUCCUUCAUCAAACCGUUCCUUGUGCAGCAGAAUCUACAGACCCCACUUUAGGUCUAGCCGCUUAAAGGGAAGGAGUCGCAAAUUAUCUCAAUCACCGUCUACUUCCUACAGAAGUCGCUCAAGGUCCAGAUCUUCAAGAUGCUCCGUCAGGUUGACUGUGGACGAUAAAAGGGAACUCCUCAAAGUCGCAGAGGCUAAUGCUAAAAAGCUGCUCAGUGUGGACGAGCUGGAGCUUCCUGAGAGUCUGAAGCAGAUUCUGCCAGAACCACCUGUGAAGCCCAAACAAGUCCCCACAGAACUGAGAGUGAGACAAGACUCUGAAAGUGUGUCGUCACAGAAGUGCCCUUGCAGUUCGCCUUAUCUCCUUGCUACUGCGUUUGUUUUGCAGACAGCUCGAGGUUAGUGUUUUGUUGAAUUUUCCUGUGUCUUUUGUUAACCUUUGGACCACACGUGGGAACAUGCAUUCUCUCUAUUUAUUCCUGUCUUCAUAGAUAACUUGACAGUGGUCUCCUUCACUGAACACCACCUGGAGUUAGAGUGCUGUCAUGUGACUUGGGUGACGACAUAAUGUGUUUUUGCGUGAAAGGUUAUUUUUUAUAACGUUCACCAGUCGUUUGUCAACAGUACACUAACAUUUAUGCACCACAAUCACACACACUUUACCUUCUUGUUUCAAUCCCAGUAAUGCUAAAUACAAACAAUAACUGCAUUUUAAUUCACAUUCUGAUAUCAUAUUUCAUACAGUGGAAAUUUCUCAUUUUUUAUACAAAUGUGUGUCUGCCUGCCGUUGAAAUGGGUCGUUGUUAUCUAGCAGAGUCUUCCACUCGCUGAAGGACCACAGGCAUGUGGACGGCAUUAUAGUGACUGUAUUCCUGUCAGGAGAACUAAAAACAGAUGAAGAACUCCUCUCUCCAUAUGCCAAAGAUAAGUUGGUACAUGAGUCCUUUGAGGGUUUGGAAUCCUGCAUCAUUCUGCCACAGUAGACACAA